UAUCACAUUCAGUACACAAAUAUUUUAAACCGUUUGUUAAAUUUUUAGUAAAAUUAUCAAGCAAGUUUUAAUACCACUUUACGAACGAUUUUCCACAUUGCAUAAUUUCGAAACGUCUUUAAGCAGACCAUCGGUCCUAGCUGUUUCGUCAGUCCAUCUCUUAGAUCUAGUUAAUACCUACAAGAAAACAAAAUGACGUCGGUUGUGGAGAUGCCCAAGGCGAAUUUGGACGAGGCAUUGCCUCCAUGGAUGAAGAUCGACUGGUCAGAUGAGGUGCUGCACGAUAUUUAUCGGGAUUGGGGAACCUACUACUCUCGGCGCCGCCGCGAGAACUUCGCCCUGCACUAUCUGAAUAAGGCGCUCGCCUUGGAGCCCUUGGAUCACAUGACCCUGUACAAGCGGUGCCAGAGCAAGAGGAAGGCUGCCCAAAUGCUGGGUGCUCUGGCCGACAGUCGGGAUGCAGCCAAGCUGGCCCUUAAGGUGGAUGGCGAGGAGAAGGCCAUUAUCAACCUGGAUAUUUGCGAUGUGCUGUAUGAAUUAAACCAAUUCGAAAACAGCAAAGCCGAAAUGCACAAUAAUAUGCGAAUCUUUAUCGGCAAUAAGAAAAACAGCUUUUUACAGCGCCAGCUGGUGGUGGAUGGAGUGAUCAAAGAUGUGACCAGUGAAGCGAUGUCGGAAUUCUUUACAAAGAAUCUGAAGACUGUGAACAUUGUGCACGACUUGAUUAAGGAGAAGGAGAGAAUCGACAGUCGACCACUGUGGAAGAUACUUAAAGAGCAGGGCAAGUGUGAUGUUCAGAGUAUACCAGAAGUUCCCGAGGAGCUGCUAUCCCCAAUGGAGAUUUCACGCCGGAAGCGUGCCUUUAACAUCUUCCAUCAAUCGUACAUCAACGACUCCUGGAUCGAUGUUCUCUUUAUGAAGAUGCUUUGCAAGAAUCCCACUCUCCUGCUGUCCCAGUGCAAGGAGUCAUCCUAUUUCCUUCAACUUCUCUCUGGCAAGCAAUACGAUAUUGUCCGUAAGUUUAUGAAAAUGCUGCAGUCCCGCUGCCCGCUGUACCUGGUGAACUACCUGAAGUACCGCAAUAAGGCCAUGUCGGACAGAUACCGUGAGGCCUACCUGUUUCGCGUACAGUAUCAGACACAUCGUAACAUGAACAAGGCCCUGAAGGAGAUCCGAGCUCUUCGAAAGGCCAAGAAGGUGCAGCAACUGGCCAAAUUCGUGGAAGAACUAAUGGGGUCAUAUGUAGUUCUGAAGACAGCUCGAGUGAUGUGCUGGAAGUUCGAGUUCCUCAAUGAGGUGUACAAUACCAUGGCCUUGGCCCUGGCCGAACAACUUCGAGUGCCAAAAGGCUUUACGCCCCAAGGAAGUAAUUCAAUUCUUAGAUUGCUGCGUCUUCCAGUUGAAAGAGUUAAGGAUUUCGUUUCGUUGACAUUUGGAGAUCGCGCCCCAGAGCCAGAGGGCAAUGAUCCAGCAACAUUAAGAGCCAAGAGAUUGACUGCACGCCUGGAAGAUCGAAUGAACUUUGCCAAGUAUUCCAUUGAAAAAUGCUAUUUGUUGCAUCAGAUUUCUCAGUCAUACUUGGACCAGGGACGUCAUUCUGAGUGUACUUUCAAUGCCCGAAAGGCUAUUAAGGAGAGUAAGCACUGCAAUAGCAACCUGUAUAAGUUCCUUAGCGUUGUCCAGAUAGUCAAGGCCAAUGCCAUUCUGCACAAGUUGGAGCAGACCAGGGAAGCUCUGGAUGAUGCCCUACCCAUUGCCCAUAUCCUGAGAUCUCAACCACUGAUAUUCUUCAUAGAGAACUGCAUGAUGUGCAACACGGAGGAUUCAAUCAACAAGCGUGCCACCAUGAUGCAAAGUCGUAGGGUGAGCAAAUCGGAAUCUGUGGCAACUCAAUCGUUGGUUAGCGCCCAGGAUAGUGUACCCCAGGAAUAAUUUCCCAUUUACUAUUUAAUAUUUAUUUAAUUUUUCCUUACAAAUUUACAAUCGGUGAUUAAAUGCUGCUAAAAUGUAAGAAAAAUAUAAUUUGCCUUGGCAAAACU